GUGAGAAAGGAAAGACUUGGUCACCACUAUAUUACAACAUGGGCUGGAGUAUGGUCAGGAAACUAUACUCUACCAUAGUGGGGAUAUCAUUACUAUUUAAUACAACAGAGGGAACAGCUGGCACAGCAUCAGAAGGAUUCGUUUACAUGAACACAACGGAAACAGACCUUCAAAAUGAAAAUGGAGUCAUGCCCGAAACCCUCAAUAUCACCGUGGAAAGUAAUGGAAGUGGAACAAACGAAAACUUGAAGCUUAUAAAAUCGGCCGUGGAUAUCAACGCCCCUGUGUUUGUUAUAUGUGAAGAUGGGAAGUCUAUAUGCAGGCAGCAAUUAGACGACAUUCAGGAUUUUGCAUUAUACCAAGAUUCAAGCAAAAAAGCUGCGAUAUCAAUAGCAAAAGAACCAAAUGCAGGUGGUGGGAAAACGGUCAAAGUGGAAGGUAGUCUAUUACUCAAUGACGUUCAGUAUGCCAUUGAAGACAUAGGUGUAAAUACUGUCGAAAACCUUAAUUCUAGCGUACCUUAUCGGCUUCAAAGGAUUCACUUGGAAGAUGCUGGGCUUUCCGAUUUUAAAAUCUUAGACCAACCAGUGGAACACGGGCAGAUUCAAGGCCGUGUUCGUCGACAAAGUUCGGGGAAUUACGGCGUCGAACUUCUUCCAGUUAUAGAUUACAAAAUAUUCCAAACAUGGUUCAGAAGAAGCAAAGAGUCAAAUCCAACGUUACGUGACAUAGACACUAAAAACAAAAUCCGGAAGUACUUUGCUCAUGUUGUCAACGGGAUGGAUUUACGCUACCGAGCAAUUCAAGCCAAUGAUUUCCAGAUUUACAUUAAACUGGCGGGAUACCUGAUUGCAGAUAGAGCGGACUCCUCUCCGUGGACAAGUCUAGCCGGAACCGGAAAUGAAGUGAACGCCGACACUGCUUUGGACCAGUUUUUUGAUUGGCGGAGAUCAGUACGCGGCCUUCCGGUCCAUGAUCACGCAACCCUUUUUACAGGCCAUGACCUUUACACUCUUAACAAUCGACAGGAGAGAAUGUUAUCAGUAACAGGUUAUGCGUACUUAGGUCGGGUAUGCGAUGACCUGAGCGUGUCUAUUGUCGAGGACAAGGGUGGAUUCGGAUGUGUGAAGACAGCUACGCACGAACUGGGCCACAGCCUGGGAGCUAGUCAUGACGGCGAUAGGAACAGCUGUCAGACCAAGGAUCAAUUUAUCAUGGCCGGCUCCUCUGUACCUACCUCAGACAUAAACAAACUGAACCCGUGGAAGUUCUCCUCAUGCUCUAUACAAGCCUUCCGAACGAAGCUCACAGAUCUCAACAGAUUUAGGACAAACUGUCUGAGCAAUGUGGCAGAAACGGCUAACCGUAGAGAAUGGGAUGCCCAUCUGUCCCGUCAUCCGGGUCAGCUGUACUCUGUGGAUGAUGUGUGUAGGCAGGUCCUGGGACCCUCAUCUUACAUGUGCAGGGACCUCCUACCAAGCGAUGCUAACGUCUGUACGUCUCUCUGGUGUCACAUCAAUGGAACUAACCAAUGUAGGCAGUAUGUCCCACCGAGAGGCACAUCCUGUGGUAGUCAAAAAUGGUGUAUUGAUGGAGUCUGCACGACUGAUGCGCGAGCACCCUUCAGGAAAGAUGGUUGUACAUUCGGAGACCAGCCAGGAAUCGCCUAUCAAGAAGAAACUUGUGCCCAGAUUGUCAGAACUAAACCACGGUACUGUUACGAGAAUUUCAUCAAACAGAGAUGCUGUCAAGCAUGUUCCAGAGUGUACACGUCAAUACCAGGUUGCGAGUACGGGAACAGACAAGCUCGCUGCGAGUCCUGGUGGUGUACGCUUAAUAAUCGAGAUACUCCGUUCGUGAAGAAACAAUGUUGUGGAACAUGCCAGAUUGGGCAACCUGUUCCUACCACCCAGUCCCCAACCUUUUUCCCGGUCAUACCCACCAAACCGAUCCCAGACCUGCCAGGCAAGGUCAGCCUACAGCCACCGUCGGGAUGCCUAGAUAAAAACGAGCAGUGUGGCAUAGCCGUUGCUCGGCAUGGUAGCCAAAAUUGUUACAGCCCAGAUUUCUAUUCGGAAUGUUGCCUCAGCUGUGAAGCAGAAAGACAAGAGAUUCCCGGAUGUGGGUAUGGAGACAAAGACUCGGAGAAGUGUUCCAUUAUCAGCUCUGACAGCGCCGCUGCGUAUUGCAAUAACCAGGAAAUAAGGGACGUUUGCUGUAAGGCUUGUGGGUCGUUUCAAACGAGAGAAUCUCAAACUGCAUCGUCUGCCACCGGCCAUGAUUUAACAUUAACUCAUUUCACAAUCAUACUGAUCACGGCUUUUGCCAUUGUGUUAAGGUGAUAACUAUUUAUACUAUGCUAUGGUGGAACACGAGAUAGGCUUUUGAGAUGUGAAAUUACGAGAGGUGAGACCUAGCCUACUGACAUGGGUGUAUACAACAUGUAGGUUAUGUCACGACAGCGGCAACUAUAUCCUAGGCAACAGACUACAAAACGUGUCUUCAACCAGUGAGAGUCACAAAUCUUAAAUGAAGCUCUGCGUCUGUAAGACAUUUUCAGAGCUCCCACCUAUCCACAACUUAAUCCUGAAUUCUCGCCAUUUCAAUGGAGGAUGCAGCUCGAUUAUGUUAAAGUUCACGGUAAAUAAUAUUUGAUGAUUUGUGCCUGUGGGCCCCAUCUUAUGAAGCAGUGGCGACAUACGCCAGGCGUAUCGACCAUGGCUGAUUAUUGUGAUUGUGAACUUGAAGUUUCGCCAGUUUUGUAAAAUAGAACCAAGGGUGUAAAGACCAUGUACUUAUAAGUGGAUUAACGUAUUUGUGUGUCAAAGGGGUUAACGAAUGAAUGGAGUUUUUGCCGCUGUUUCUUCGUGUUAGUGUUUGUCUUUGACACUCUUCUGUGAUGUCUAAUGGGACAAGUGCAAUAUGUGUUUGCUGGUCAAACAAGUUAAAUAUGGCAAAUUAAUUAACUUAAACCUAAUAACUCAUUUAUACAUUUAUGUUUAUUUUAAUUUUAGCUUUUAAUACAAAAGCAUAUAUUCAGCAAACAGAUGUCAUGAGUCUCUGCGCCCAUGUAGAGGCACCAGACGUUUUUAAUACUUGAAAGUUAAUUCUAUCAUAAUGUUGUUCGGUUCAGAUACACCCGAUGGCUAUCCACUCUCAGCCUCCAGAUUUGGAUUUUUAAUCCCAGGAAUGAAUUCCGAGCAUGAAGACCUUAUGUUAGUUAAUGGUCGUCAUUGCUGGAAAUACUAUUAAUUGCCAGACUAACAGUAUUAAAAUAGCAUUAGUUUAAUAAAGACAAAACAUGUCUAUAUCAGAUUACGCUUAUAUAUGAUUUGCGCAACAGAGCAAAGCAGGGAAACCGUCCAUUCCAGCGUGAAAAACGCGGAAUUAUAACCUUUUGGUCGCGUUGUAUAUCUAUGUAAUAUUACUUUGUUUGUUGUUCUUGUUCUGGUUACGCGUUGUUUUGUAAAGUUUGACAAAGUUUUUAUGCUAUAAAUACAUAUUGUAAAUGCUAAA